AUGGAGUACAUAGACAACUUACCACCCAUGGAUCUGAUGCGCUCCGAGAAGAUGACGUUUGUGCAACUCAUUAUUCCUGUCGAGUCGGCUCACCGGGCCGUAUCUUAUCUCGGCCAACUCGGUCUCCUUCAAUUUCGCGACUUAAAUGAUGGUAGGAGCCCUUUCCAAAGAACAUUUGUUAACCAGGUAAAAAGAUGUGCUGAGAUGUCAAGGAAACUACGAUUCUUCAAAGAUCAGAUACAUAAAGCUGGGCUAGUGCCUUCCCCUAAUCCUGCAUCUGAACCUGAUAUUGAGUUAGAAGAACUGGAGAUUCAAUUAGCGGAGCAUGAGCACGAGCUUAUUGAAAUGAAUUCCAACAGCGAGAAACUUAUGCAAACAUAUAAUGAGCUGCUAGAAUUCAAGAUGGUAUUGCAGAAGGCGGGUGAUUUCCUUGUUUCAAGUGGGAAUCAUGCUGCAGCCCAGGAGACAGAAUUAAGUGAAAACAUAUAUACCAAUGACGGUUAUGCAGAUUCAGCAUCACUGCUUGAAGAGGAGAUGCAACCUGUCCCAUCAAAUCAAUCUGGCGUAAGAUUUAUUAGUGGCAUUAUCUGUAAAUCUAAAGUUCUUAGAUUUGAAAGGAUGCUAUUUCGUGCUACGAGGGGCAAUAUGCUUUUCAAUCAAGCACCAGCUGAUGAUCAAAUCAUGGAUCCUGCAUCAAAUGAAAUGGUUGAGAAAACUGUUUUUGUUGUAUUCUUCUCUGGUGAGCAGGCAAGGAUAAAAAUUCUGAAAAUUUGUGAAUCGUUUGGUGCAAGUUGCUAUCCUGUUCCCGAGGACUUGACCAAACGGAGCCAAAUAACCCGAGAAGUAUUGUCACGUUUGUCUGAGUUAGAGAUCACCUUGGAGGCUGGCCUACGUCAUCGGGAUAAGGCUCUUACCUCCAUUGGUUUUCACCUUUCAAAAUGGACAAACAUGGUUAGAAGGGAAAAGGCUGUGUAUGAUUCGUUGAAUAUGCUGAAUUUUGAUGUCACAAAGAAGUGUUUGGUUGGUGAGGGCUGGUGCCCUGUUUUUGCAAAAACUAGGAUUCAAGAAGUCCUGCAACGUGCAACAUUUGACAGUAGCUCACAAGUGGGUAUAAUAUUUCAUGUAAUGGAUGCUGUCGAGUCACCUCCAACAUACUUUAGAACCAACCAUUUCACAAAUGCAUAUCAAGAAAUAGUUGAUGCAUACGGUGUCGCUAAGUAUCAGGAGGCAAAUCCCGCAGUUUAUACAAUCAUUACAUUUCCAUUUCUUUUUGCCGUGAUGUUUGGGGAUUGGGGUCAUGGUAUAUGCUUGUUAUUGGGAGCCUUAGUCCUUAUUGUCCGUGAAAAAAAGCUCAGUUCUCAGAAACUUGGCAGCUUUAUGGAGAUGCUUUUUGGUGGCCGUUAUAUUCUCCUUUUGAUGUCUCUGUUUUCAAUAUACUGUGGCUUGAUAUACAACGAAUUCUUCUCUGUUCCUUUUCAUAUAUUUGGUCACUCUGCAUACAAAUGCCGAGCUACCACUUGCAGUGAUGCUUAUUCAGUUGGUUUAGUCAAAUAUCGGGAUGCAUACCCAUUUGGUGUCGAUCCAAGUUGGCGUGGAAGUCGUUCUGAGCUUCCUUUCUUGAAUUCUCUCAAGAUGAAGAUGUCUAUUUUGUUUGGGGUGGUGCAGAUGAACCUAGGAAUCAUAUUAAGUUAUUUCAAUGCACGUUACUUUGGCAACUCACUUGAUAUUAAGUAUCAGUUUGUGCCACAGAUGAUCUUUCUUAACAGCCUUUUUGGAUAUCUCUCUCUUCUCAUCAUUAUCAAAUGGUGUACUGGUUCUCAAGCGGACCUGUAUCAUGUGAUGAUUUACAUGUUCUUGAGUCCUUUUGAGGAUCUGCGCGAUAAUCAGCUAUUCUGGGGUCAGGGUGUACUUCAGGUCAUAUUGUUGCUUUUGGCAGUUAUUGCUGUUCCAUGGAUGCUCUUCCCAAAACCCUUUAUUCUGAAGAGACUUCACACCGAGAGAUUUCAAGGUCGGACAUAUGGAAUUCUUGGAACCUCAGACAUGUAUAAUGAGGAGGAACCUGACUCUGCAAGGCAACCACACCUUGAUGAAUUCAAUUUCAGUGAGGUCUUUGUGCAUCAGAUGAUACACGCUAUUGAGUUUGUACUUGGUGCAGUUUCAAAUACUGCAUCAUAUCUUCGGCUGUGGGCUUUGAGUUUGGCUCACUCAGAAUUAUCAACUGUUUUCUAUGAAAAAGUUCUUCUCCUUGCCUGGGGGUAUGACAACAUCGUCAUACGAUUCAUUGGUCUGGCAGUUUUUGCUUUUGCUACAGCUUUUAUACUACUAAUGAUGGAAAGUCUUAGUGCUUUCCUGCACGCAUUGCGUCUCCAUUGGGUUGAAUUUCAAAACAAGUUCUACAAUGGCGAUGGCUAUAAAUUUAAGCCCUUUUCAUUUGCCUUAUUCACCGAUGAUGAUGAUUAG